UGAAUAGACAGCACACACACUGACACUGUCAGUGUAUCUGAGACAAAACCAGUCAGACGAAUUUGUUUUAAUUUUGAAGGGAUGGAUUAGACUAACGUUUGUUUCAAGUUUUAAGUUUAUUUCAAAAUGUCACAAAGUAGAUUUGCUCAAAAGGAGUUGAAAAAAUUCGGAUGGAAGGAAGGAUCGGGACUGGGAAAAAAUGAGAAUGGAAUGAAGGAAGCCAUCAAAGUGAAGAUAAAGAACGACAGUCAUGGGGUGGGCCACAACAGAGGAGAUGAGUUUACCUUUCACUGGUGGGAUCACGUGUUCAAUAAGGCAGCCAGCAGUAUCGUGGUGGAGUCCACACAGGAGGGCGUGUCGGUGAAUGCAGCCAAAGAGAGUGUAGGCGUGUCCACAAAGAAGGCGAGGACCUAUGACAACAAGACAAUGCUGUACGGACAGUUUGUAAAGGGGGCGACACUGGACAACAACCAGGAGGUGAAGAGUGAGGGGGAGGAGGUGGACGCCUCAGAGGUGACAGAGUACCUCGAGGAGGACCGACAGACUCUACAGAAAUUACCAGAUGAAGAAAUUCUGAAGAUAUGUGGAGGAAUGACUGCACACAAGGGAGCCAGACAUGGGUUAAAGUUGAAUGGCAAGCUAGAACGAAUCCAGGAGCAAGAAAGGCUCUUAAUGGAGAAAUGGAAAAAACAGAAAGGAAGCAACAGUGAAAUGGACAAAUCAGAAAGGUCGUCUUUAAAUGCUAAAACUGACACAACUGAAAAUGAAGAUGUGAAUAGGGAGUGUGUCAAAACCAAAAAGAAGAAAAAGAAAAGAGACAAAUAUAAAGACGCAGAGAAAAUUUCUCAAAAUCAAAGUCCUGAUUGUGAUGACAGUCAAGAAAUCCAAAAUGAUAAAAGUGAUGUUAAAAAAGAAAAGAAGCGGAAGCGGAAAAACAUUGAGUUGGGACAUGAAACUGAUAUAGAUCAUGAAACAAAGAGGACAAAAAAGAAGAAGAAAAGGGAUAGAGUGUGAUUAACUUAUACCAUAUUGAUGUUAUUUUAUGCGUAUUAAAUAGAAACAAAAAAAUUAAAAAUCA